AUGGCGGCUGUGGAGCUUGGGCCGCAGUGCAAUCUCCAGACCGUCGAUCUGCUCAGCCUGGUGGAGUCGGCGGGGACGCCGGAGUUUCUGGCCAACUCGGAGAGGGUGCUGGGAUCUGUGGGCGGCUCGCUGUACCAGCCUCGCCGCCGUGCUGUUUCCGCCGGCGGCGCUCCAGCUCACGUUCCGGUGGCGAGCAGCGGCGCUGUGCCUCCUCCUGUGCCGAGAAUGAUUCUUGGCUUGGGAGACGGCAAUGGCGGUGGGAGCACCGCUGUGCCUGUGCUUCCUGAACCGAGCUUGGUGAGCUUGGUUCUUGGCCUAGGAGACGGCAAUGGAGAUGGGAGAGGGAAGGAGAAGCCGCGGUCGUACUGGAACUCGUCUGCCAUGGCCAGGACACUAGAGAGGAAGCGGAGGACGGCGCCGGCGCCGGCGACUCAGGCGAGCCAAGCGGCUCUGCCGGCGAAGACGCUGGGCUUGGAUGGACAUGGUUGCUCAACGGACGCCGCCAUGCAACGCCGUCCAUGAAGCUGAUGGACCCAUGGAAGACGAGAAGAAUCUCCCAUCUAUGAUCUAUCCUUCGUUAUGAAUGCAGCAUGCAAGAACAUUCUUUUGUUUUCGUUUUUAUCUGUUACUUUUCAGAUGUUACU